ACUGUUGUUGAGGUGGCAGACGCAGGAUCGUAGACUGACAGUUGAUCCACGUAAAGAUUUUUUGACAGCCGGCAAUAACGAUAAACAAUGAGUUUUAAGCCUACGACAUUAGGGCUAGCCCUCAUUUUCCUCCUUUUAACUAUUGCUAGUGUUUCGGAGGGUCAAAAGAAGAAGCAAGAUGCAUCGGGUUUGAACGACCGUUACCAACAAAUAAUGGAUAUGAGUUCGAAACGAACCGUAAUUAAAUUGAAUGCAAACAGAUAUCGUGAGCUAGUCAGAACAUCACCAAGAAAUUAUUCUGUUGCAGUGAUGUUUACAGCUUUGUCACCAAAACGCCAAUGUGCUAUCUGCAAACAUGCGUUAGAUGAGUACACCAUAGUGGCAAAUUCAUUCCGUUACCAGCAAAUGUUCACUAAUCAACUCUUCUUUGCCUUGGUUGACUUUGAUGAAGCUCAAGAUGUUUUUCAACAACUUAAGUUAAACACUGCUCCUGUAAUCAUGCAUUUCCCAGCCAAAGGGAAGCCCAAGAAGACAGAUACUAUGGAUAUCCAAAGAGUAGGCUUUGCUGCUGAAGCAGUGGCUCGUUGGGUUGGAGAACAAACAGAAAUCCAAAUCCGUGUCCUUAGACCACCAAACUAUUCCGCUACUAUUGCUCUUGUCGCACUUUUUGCAGUCAUUGGAGGAUUACUGUACCUUAGGCGGAAUAACUUGGAAUUCUUGUACAACAAAACCAUGUGGGCUGUCAUGUCGCUGUUUUUUGUUUUUACCAUGACAUCUGGACAAAUGUGGAAUCACAUCCGUGGUCCGCCUUUCGUCCACCGUACCAAUGCUGGCAAUAUCGCAUAUGUCCACGGAUCUUCACAAGGACAAUUCGUUUUGGAAACAUAUAUCGUGAUGGGAAUAACUGCCGUAACCGUGCUAGGCAUGAUUCUUAUAAUUGAAGCAGCCUCAGGAAAGGGUGACAUUCGCAAGAGAAGGAUUAUGUCCAUUGUCGGUCUGGGCCUUAUGGCAUUCUUCUUCAGCUUGAUUCUCUCUGUUUUCCGUUCCAAAGCCGGUGGCUACCCCUAUAGUUUCCUACUGAAGUGAUCUUACACAACAUCUUGAUGUCGCUGGUUAUAGAAAACGGGGAAAACACAGAUUUAUUAAUUACAUUUUUCGUGUGGAGAUUGUCUUUGUCAUUUCCCUGAUUACACAACUAAAGUCUG